UGAGACAUUCCAAAAAGAUCGCUAAACUUAAUUGGGAUGGAGGCGGUAGGGAGUACCAAAAAAGGCCCUCCCUUAUUUUCCCGAAUACCUGUACUACACUUGGCUGCAAAUCUGAGAUGAAAUCCCACAUCACUCCACACUGCCACCAAUAGCAUUGCUUCUCCAAUUCAUCGGCGACGAGAUCUGUCAUUGACGACUGUUUCCCGACUAUCUGAAACCAGAAAUCGACCUACGCAGCCACCCUAUCUGUGUCUUUUUCUGUAUUCUGGAAAUUUCUCGAUUUAGGUUUUCUCAGCGAAGGAGUGGAAAUUCAGAUUCACAGUCGGUUUCGUCGUUUUCCGCCGGAACUUGUUGCCUCUGCUUCGCCGCGUUGCGUUGCGUUGCAGUUAUCCACUUGAAGUAAGAUUUCUUGCUCCAGAUUGUUUGAUUUCAGCGUAGUUAAUGAAGCUCCACAUUUAUCAGAUGUUGGAAGAAAUAAUGAGAAAAUGCAAAAUUGGAUUAGACACCACACUAGCUAUCUUGCUUUCAGAGAGUUUAAAAAUUUCGCAAAGCUUCUGGUCAGAGGCAAAAGGGUCCAAGAAAGCUGAGAUUCUCUGAUUGCCGGAUGGCACCGCUUCCGUCAAAGGGAGUGGUCAUUUCAGUUCCCACGCUAGUUCUAUCAGCUGCAGCUUUUGCGAUCCUCCUAUUCUUCUUGCUCUCAGCCAGCUCACCCGCCUCCGUUCCUUGCUCUUGCUCCACCCCGACUGGGGACCACAGCAGUAAGAUAAGUGGAGAGCAUGUUUCAACCUCAGCUGAGGACAUAGAUUGGUUGAAGAGUCGUGUCGAAGCGAAUGGAUUACAUAUGCAGCAGAACAUUCUACGUAAGGGCAUAAACCCGCGUACUCGUGAACAGCAGCUCCAGGAUCUUCUUCACUUCAAAGGCAUAUCUCACUAUGAAGGAGAAGAUGCUAAUAACCAUACUGCCCUCCCUUGUCCCGGUGAGCUGCUUGUAGAAGAACACCACAGCAAUUACGGGGAGCCUUGGGCAGGAGGAAGGGAUGUAUUUGAAUUUCUUGCAGAGUCUGCCCAUGUCACACCAAAUUCAAAAGUUCUUGAGAUCGGGUGUGGCACACUUCGUGUUGGCCUGCAUUUCAUACGGUACUUACAUCCAAAGCAUUACCAUUGUCUAGAAAGGGACGAGCUCUCUCUAAUGGCUGCACUGCGCUACGAGCUUCCAUCACAAGGCUUGCUGUAUAAGCGCCCUCUGAUUGUAAGAGGCGAAGACAUGGAUUUCAGUAAGUUUGGUUCUGAUACUGUGUACGAUUUGAUAUACGCUAGUGCUGUUUUCCUUCAUAUGCCCGACAAGCUCGUCUGGACAGGCCUGGAGCGGUUAGUGGGUCGCCUGAAGCCUCUAGAAGGUCGAAUCUUUGUCUCACAUAACGUCAAAUUCUGCUCUCGAUUGGGAAGUGAAGAAUGCACAAAAAGGAUGACUAAUCUGGGCCUAGAAUAUAAAGGCAAGCAUACACAUGAUAGUUUGCUCUUAAACCACUACGAGAUAUGGUUCGAGUUCAGGCGAUUUAAGGCUUAAUGUAGCAGGAGGUAUCGAUCCCUGAUUGUUCUUCCAUCCAUGGUGUGAAGCGAGCAGAAAGACUUGAUAAUAUGUACAUUAUUGCAGAGGAAUUUAGAACACUAUCCGGAGGUUCUGUUGAUGUUGAUCUUUUAUUACCCUUCUCAUUUUCCAGGUUUUAUGCAUUUAACCCUUAUUCAAUUGUACUUCUUCAAUAUACUAGUAUAUCUUUACCCAUUACCUCUAUUUCUUAAAAA